GAGAAAUCUAACUAAUUGUUAAAAGUGGUGCAAAGUGAGAAAACAGGCGCGAAAAUGAAGUUGAAUUUGAUUGUUUUGGCAGUUAUUGUGGGAGCUGCUUGUGGAAGCCCAGUAAAGAGCUUUCGAGAGGAUCUCGAUGAGAUUCUGGCUCUUUUGCCUGUAGAGAAAAUGAGACAGAUUGCUCAGGAUUAUUACCACUCAGAUCCAGAGAUUCAGGAGAUUGUGGCAUAUCUGAAGGGGGAUGAAGCCAAAAAGAUCUUUGCAGAAAUCACUGAGAUGAAGGAAGUUAAGGAAUUUAUUAGCUUCUUGGGAAGUCAAGGAUUGGACACUGACAGAUUUACAAGCCUCGACAAACUGCUCCGUCUGCCCAGUUACUCACCAGAUCCCGAGAAAGCUUCUAUACCUCGAAGCGGAGGACUCAAGGGACUUCUUGCUGACAUUAAGGCUUGUCUGCCUCAGGCUGAAAUCCGGAAUGCUCUUGUCCGAAAACUGACCAACAGCCCAAGUUUUGCUGCUAUUUACAAGAAGAUUCAGGACUUUGACUUCAUCAAACUGGAAGAAUAUGCUAACCAAUCGAAAGAGAUCGCUAAUCUUGUAGAACGCAUCAAGAGCUACGGUAUCGAUGUUGAAAAAGUUGUGAAGCAGUUAGCUGCCCUCUUUGGAUGGCACAAAAGCUCCGACGAUGAUUUCGACAUAGACGAGUAAAAGUCCCCACGAGAGUGACUUUUGAAGCUUCUGUGUAUCUUUUUAAUUGGAGUGAAAUAA